CACGAUCAGCUCCAGCAUACGUCUCCGGUUCCCAUGGCCGCCCGCCUUCCCGUGUACCCCAAGCACCACCUUGUUCCAGAAGCCUUCGCAGGGCGCAUUCCCCUUACCGAUGCCCGAUGCCCGAUGCCCGAUGCCCGAUGCCCGAUGCUCGAUGCCCGAUGCCCGAUGCGCGCCGCGUCCGGCCUCCGUCUCCACCACGACACUUUUAGUGCUGCUAGAUAUUAUAUCCUUGUGAUUGACAAUGAUAGUUUUCCUGAUGGCAUUUUGGAGAUUACAGCAUGUACUGAAGAUGGACUGAUUAUGGCUGCUAGACACAAAAAAUAUAAGCACAUCCAGGGAGUACAGUUUCACCCAGAGAGCGUCAUCACCACAGAAGGGAAGAGAAUUCUUCACAAUUUUCUCAUGUUCAUGAAGGAAUUUGAGUCCGAUAUGAAUCCACUGUAAUUUUCUCUCUCAAAUUCUUCUCAGAAUUUCUAUUGGGAGUUCAUUUUACAAAAUACUUGAGAAUUUUCUGCAAGAAAAUCUAUUUUAUUUUUUUCGGUAUAUUAAAACAAUUUGUUAUCCCAUAUGCACACUUGGAUCU